UAUGCGCGUUUUCGUUGUACUUCUUUCCUUCGCAGUCUAGUUCUCAUACGUGACCAAGGAAACACUAAAAUUGUAUUUGGAGAAUGGAACUUGAUCUAACUGAUGAACCUAUGAAUAUAGGUAGCUGGGCAGAUAUAACUGACGAUACUUACCCAUACAAUGAAAGUGAAAACAGUGAAAAUGAAACUGAUACUAGAUCUAAAUUAAAAUUAACCAACACCACAAGAAGUAAGCCAACAGAUUUGACAAGUAAUCAGCCUUUGGGAUUUAAUACUAAAAACACAACAAAUUCAUUUGAAGGUGCAAAAACUGACCUCCGAAACAAGUUAAAUAAAAACAGAAAGGAAAGUUAUCAACAAAGAAACCACAGUCCUUAUAGCAAACGAAGAAGUGAAGCUCAGACAACCAGACCUAAUUAUACCACAAAACUAGGUGGUCUCAGUCCAUUGAGGAGCCCUAUCAGUAGGGACAGAAAUUCUAGUGUGGCUAAUAUGGAUAACAGUCAUAGCCAUAGAUAUACUAGAAGAUAUGAUCGAACACACCAAGCUUCCCCUCAUUCUAAAAAUGGAAACUGCAACCAACAGUCACCUAUUCAACAUCGUGACACGUCUUUGGCAGCUAAAGAUUUAGUAUCUGGCAAUGAUGAGACAUCACCAAAAACAGUUUUACCGCACAGUGAAGAAGAAGAUGGUACUCCAGACCUCUCAAGGCAUAGAUCCUUAAACAGACCAAGAGAGUUAUGGUCUCGUAGAAGAUUGCACCUGCCCUCUGAAAAUGAUGAUUCUGGGGAAGAAAGCAAAGCAAGAUUGUCUGCAGUAAAAGAAGAGGAUCCACUGAGGUUGGCCAGGAGAGAAAAAGAUAUUCUGUAUGGAAAAACCACAGAUGCUUACAAAAAAUAUGUAUCAACUAUUCCAAAAAACCUACGAAGUGGAGACUUGAAAUUGCACCCUAGAACUCCUGAAAAAACAAGAAAGUGUAGUCGCAGAUCUUGGGACUCUCAGGUUAAGAUAUGGAAACGUCGACUUCAUUCAUGGGCUGGAUUGCACUGCAAACAAACAGACUCUGAUUUAUUAUCUUCAACGAAUAAUGUCCCAUCUGAUGUUGCUUCUGGUGCAUCUUCAAAUAAAAGUGAUGAUGACAAUAUUGACUUAGGUGAUGAGGAUGAUUUUUUAGACAGCAUUGAUAUCAGUUUUCAAGUUGCUGAACAGAUUGAAGACACAAUAAAAUUGAAUGAUAACUAGAUCUAGAGGACAGAAGACUGACAUAGCAGUUGUUGUUAAUGUGGCAAUAUUUUUUUAAAACAUGUAUAUUCAUCACCCCUUCAAACAAACAGGAAUUAAUAUAAUAAAUGCUUUUAUGUUUGUACAUGAAUUUAGAGUGAGUACUUAAAUUGCUUUUUGGGAAGUAGAAAAAACAGGUGUGAGGUAAUAGAUUACUAUACCAGUCUGUAGUUUUUCCUUCAACUCUGUCUUUGUGAAAAUGUUUAGUUCUUUAAAGUGGAUACCUUUCUGUUAUUUUUUUCUAAAGACGUACCAAGUACCAUAUUAAAAUGUUUUAAAAAAUUAAAAUUUACUUUAUUCAGUCAUUGCUAUUUAUAUAUUUUAAAAAUUAUCUGGAGAAGUUAUAGUGCUGUUUUUUUCCCCCACAUGCUUUUUCUAAUACUGGGUGACUCUAGUGAAAAGGUGUCAUAAAACUGGUUAAUGAAUACAAUAUUUUUUGGCUAAUUUCUAAUCAUUUUUCUGAGUUAUAGAAAUUUUUAAAAUAGUAACACUAUUUGCCAUAUUAUUUCAUGUCAAGCCUAUCAAUAAUUAUGUAAAAUAAUUACAUAAUUUUUAUUACCUUACUAUAAACACAAUGGUAAGUAUCAAAUAAUGCCAGCAAAUUUAAAGUGUUAUUGUAAUUAUAUACUGCAUGCUACUAUUUCAGUUAGUUUCAUUUUUGAUAAGGCAUCCCUUUGGAAUUCAGCAUUUCAUUCCCAUUGUAUAGAAUGACAACAGCUAUUAAGAUUAUUCAGAUAUAGUUUUAACAAUUUAUCCAGUUGUUUCUCUUCUUUGGUGGCUAUUUAUCUAUAAAAUAAGAUGAAAACUAUGUUAAUAUCUCUUUAUUUUUAUGUGUAUAUACAAGCACAAAAGUUUUUAUACUUAUUAAAUAUUUAUGUUAGUUAAUACUUUACAGGUUUUUUUUAAACAUUUGUAUUUCAUACCUGCAUAUUUUCAUUAACCACACAUAGAAAAAGAUAUUUAUUUUAAGACAAUAAAUAUGCUAGUUUGUGUGUGCACUGUGUUUAUAAGGGUGAUCUUUUUAAAAAAAAUGUCAUGUCAUUGUAUAUAACAUCUGCUUUUGAAUAAUGCAUUAUU